AUGGAGUACGGCAUACUGACCAGGGCUGCUGCCGAGGCACCUGGACCGGCCACCGUGGCUAUGAACGGUCCAGAAGGAUGUGGGAAAACGACGAUCCUGAGGAAGGUGAUGCUGGAGUGGGCGGAGGGAACCCUGUGGAGGGACAGAUACACCUAUGUCUUCUUCCUCAGCGUCGACGAGCUGAACCGUGUUGUAGAAACGAGCUUGGCGGAGCUCCUCUCCAAGGACUGGCCCGAGUCUGCGGAGUCGCUGGAAGAUGCCUUCGCCCACCCGGAGAAGAUCCUGUUCAUCAUGGAUGGCUUCGAGGAGCUGAAGUUCGACCUGAGCGUGAAGACGGACAUGUGCGGAGACUGGAGGCAGCGCUGGCCGACGCAGGUGCUCCUGGGCAGCCUGCUGCAGAAAACCAUGCUUCCGGGAUGCUCUCUGGUCCUCGGGUUCGGGACGCGGAGCAUGAAGAACAACGGGUUCCUGUUGAACUGCCCGGUGCUAGUAGGUCUCCAGCCGUUCUCCGAGCACUACAGGAAGCUGUACUUCUUCCACUUCUUCAAUAACGCGGACGAAGCCGUGCAGGCGUUCGGCUUCGUGAGCGACAUCCCGCCGCUGUUCGUGCUGUGCGAGAGUCCCCUCGUGUGCUGGCUGGUCUGCACUUGCGUGAGGUGGCAGCUGGAGAGGGGGGAGAGCCUCCACAUCGACCCCGAGACGGGCACCUCCCUGUACGUCUCCUUCGCGGCAACGGCGUUCAAGGCGGGGAGGUCGGAUUCCCUGACGCAGAACAGGGCGCGGAUGAAAAGCCUGUGCUCCCUGGCUGUGGAGGGGAUGUGGACCGAGGCGUUCUUCUUCCUCCAGGAAGACCUCAGGAGGAAUGGCAUCUCGGAGUCCGACCUUCUCAUGUGGGUGGGCAUGCGGCUGCUCCGGCGGCGAGGCGACGGCUUCACCUUCAACAACAGGUCCCUCCAGGAGUUCUGUGCCGCCCUGUACUACUACCUCCGGCAACCCAAGGACCAGCUGAACGCGGCCAUCGGGACCGUGGGCCAGAUGGUAGCGGCCAGCAUGGGUCGCGUCCACACCCACCUGUCCCAGGUCGGGGGGUUCCUGUUGGGGAUCUCGACCCAUAGGAUUCUCAACCAGCUGGAGGCGUCCUUUGGCUUCACGCUGUCGAAGUCGGUGAAGCCGGACAUAAUCCAAAGCCUUAACAUUUUGGGUCAGCACGAGCCCGAUAAGGGGGAAGUGAAUUUCCAGAGGCUGUUCGCGGCCUUGUUCGAGACUCAGGAUGAGGACUUUGUAAUGAAAGUGAUGAAUUUCUUUGAGGAAAUCUUCAUCAACAUCGAGGAUACCGAUCAAAUGGUCAUAGCUUCGUACUGCCUGAAGCAUUGCCGAAGCCUCAAGAGACUGCACCUCUGUAUCAACAAUGUGUUUCCGUAUGACUGCUCGUCGCCCAUAAGUGAGGUUCAGACGAUCUUCUUCUGGCGGGAUCUCUGCUCCGUGUUCAACAGCAGGAGGUUCCAGGUGCUGAAACUGGACAGCUGCAUGCUGGACGAUGUGUCCAUGAGCAUCAUCUCCAAGGCCUUGGCUCGGCCCGCCUGCAGGAUCGAAAGCUUGUGGUGCAACUUCAUUUCUAACUUUGGAAAUGGCAUUCAGUUCAGUAAGGGGAUCCUUCACAGCUUCCACCUGAAGUACCUGAACCUGUACGGCACCACCCUGUCCACGGAUGCCGUCACGUACCUGUGUGAGACGUUGCGGUACCCGGCGUGCAACGUGGAGGUGCUCGUGUUGGGCAAUUGUGACCUCUCCAGUGAAGUCUCUAAGGACCUCGCCUGUGUCCUUGUCUGCAACAAGCUCAAGUCGCUCUCCUUGAUCGAGAACGCCCUGUGCGACGAAGGCGCGAACGUGCUGUGCGAGGGGCUCAAGCACUCCAAGUGCGCCCUGCAGACGCUGAUAGUAAACUUCUGCUGCCUCACCCGUGUCUCCUGUGACUACUUUUCCCGAACCCUCCCGAGCAACAUCUGUCUGUCCACCCUGGACCUGGGGUCAAACAUGCUGGAGGAUGAGGGGGUGGCGACUCUGUGCAAGGCACUGAAACACCGGAACUGUACCCUCACGGAGCUGUGCCUGACCAGCUGCUACCUCACUCCGGCUUGCUGUAAGGACAUUGCUGCUGCCCUCACUUGCAAUGAAAGUCUGAAGACCCUGAAACUGGGCAACAAUGAGAUCAAGGAUGCCGGUGUGAAGCAGCUGUGCGAAGCUCUGAAGCAUCCCAAAAUCCGGUUACAGCAUCUGGGCCUGGAAUUGUGUAAGCUCACCACGGCCUGUGUCGAAGACCUCGCCUCGGCUCUCAUCAUCUGCAAGUCCCUGAAGAGCCUGAACCUCGACUGGAUCGUGCUGGACCACGACGGGGUGGUGAAGCUGUGCGAGGCCCUGUCCCACCUGGACUGUGUCCUGGAGCUGCUUGGGCUGGACAAGGCUGUGUACGAUGAGGAAUCCCAGAUGCUGCUGUCCUCCGUGGAGGAGAAGGUCUCCCACCUGACCAUUGUGCACGAGCCUUGGCUGCAAGAGGAGUACAGGAUGAGGGGCGUGGUCCCCUUGGGGAGCAACCUGAAGUAA